AUGGCAUAUAAACGUCGACAGGUGUGGACUGGCAUCGAAGGUAUUCCGCCCGCCCCUUUGAUAGGAGAACAGUUGACAUCCAUUGAUUUCGAUUUUAUGAGGACUAAAUCAAUAAUAAGCAAGGAAAUCCCACUGCUAACAAUGGCAGAAUUGGCAGAAGAGCCUAGAAAAACACUGCCAGUGGAUUCGAUUAUUGGACAACUUAUGAUUGCAGGGUUUCACAAUGCUGCCACUGAAAUUAGAGAACUAAUUCGUGAAGAUGCGAGUGAAAGACAGAUUGCACGAGAGAAACGCGAAUGCAUUCCAACCUCGACUCCUCUUGGGGAAGACUUGGAAAAACUAACCUUGUUGUCCACGAUAUUCUGUGAACAACACGGGUUUGCGGAAUCAAGACAGUGGAAUAAGGUCAUCAUUUCAAGAUUGGAGUUAGCAGAGAUCUUGGAGCAGAAAUAUGAAGAUUCUCGCCUUUCCGUUUGCAUUGCAAAUAGCUGCUUUAAAUUUUUGGCGAAAUUGAAUCAAACAGUGUCUGAAAAUAGAGUCAUCAUUGCUGAAGUUCAUCUCACAAAGGCGUAUUUUUUAAUGAUGGAACAUGAAGUGAACUUGAACGAGCUUCACAAACAUCUGCAGAAAUGUUUCGAAAUGCUGGGUGAUCACAAGGAUAAGAAAAUGUACAGUGUAAUGGCUCACAAAGGAAGUCCAAAGAGAGAAGGCACCAUUCGAAUUGCGAUUAAGCGACCAGUUGCAUUACACGGAUGGCACAAUUAUGAAAAUGUAGCGACAGUGAAUGAGAUUGUAACCCUAAGAAAUACGUCGCUGUAUCGCAUGGCAUGCAUUAUAUCCACCUUAAGUCUACUCAAGGACGUUCAACGCCACAUUCGGACAUAUUCUUCAGCCAGCUUAAUCAGCAUUAUUAGUUCAAGUGAACACAACGACAUUCAACAAUCUCAUCAGCAAACUUUUGUUGACGCCAUAACGUUUGCGAAUGAAGGAGAAAAUAGCUCUUGCAUCUUCCACGCUUUGUAUACUUUUGGAUCAUAUCUCAAUCAACAAGGACUGUACAACCAAGCGUACAAUGUUUUUCGCCAACUGAAAACAAAAUCACAGAAUGUCAAUGAUUAUGAAACACUUGGAAUCGCUAAUAGUAAUCUUGGCGUGAUUAGCAAGCAUAAACACGUUAUUCCAGAAGCAAUGGAACACCUGGGCGAAGAAUGGGAAAUUGGACACACUUAUAAACUACAGCUUCUCAGAAUCGAUGCACUAAUGGAGCUGGGAAAACUAUUAUUGGAGGAAGGUCAGGUCGUGAAAGCCGAAAAGUUAGGUGCGCAAGCAUAUGACGAGCUAUUUGAAAUCAUCACACAAGCAGAGAAAACACCCAAACGUAAUGGCAAACAUCCUGGACCAGAGAAAUCCGAGAAGAGCUACGAUUUCAAAUAUGACAACAUGUCAGAGAAAUCGUGGGUUAUGGCAGGAGUGAUGGCAGGUCAGCAGAGGUGGGCAAGGUUUGCAGGCCAAUGUCGAGGACGGGGACAUUUGUAUUCAGUCAUAUCAUGGCAAACCAGCCGAACUCCUUUGCCUCCAGUGUUGAAUGACAAUAUAAAACGACCAGUGACCAUCACCUCGUGCAAGAGGCAUCACGACCUGGACUACUUGUCCAACAAGUUGUGGCACAAAUUGGCAAGUGAGAUUGAUGAUGAUAACGCAAAUAAGAAAAAACGACCGACGCAAAAGUGGCUUGAUGAAAUUGAUGAUAAAGACAACUACGAAUUUAUGCAUGAUCAGCCACCCGAUGAAAUAGAAGAAACGCCAGUGACCAGCACAGCGGAUGAAAAUUUUGACAUUUUCGACUCUGAUUUUGAACUUGACGAAGAAGGAAAAAUUCGUAGAAGAACUUAUUUAGGAAUUGCAGCCGCUCUUCAGGAAAUUUAUUCUCGUCAGCGUUCACUGGAAGAAAAAAAUGGUGAAGUUUUUAAGCGACCCUCGCCCGAAUUAAGCAUCACUUCCGCAACUGCCUCCUCGGGUGAAAAGUCAUCAGCAAUUCCUGAUGACGAGCUGUCAAACAAUGGAAACACUGUUGAAAAAUCGGAUCGAUCGGAUCGCAGUACCAGAAAAUCCAAGAAACGUAUUGACCCCAAGCUUGCACAAGGCGAAAAUGAAAACGAUGAAGAAGAAGAGGAGGAAGAGGAGGAGGAUGCAACGAUUACGGAAAUAAUUUCGGCAACUGAGCAAAUUGAUGAGGAUGGUAGUGAAGAAACCUCCAGCCCCGUUCCAACAACUGAAGAACAAGAGGAAGGAGCUAACGAAGAACAGGAAGAAGAACAAACUGAAGAACAAAACGAUGGAGCUGAACACGAGCAGGAGGAGGAGGAAGAGGAGAAAGAAGAAGAUGAAGAGAAUGACAUCACCAAUAUUCCUGAAGAUACUGAAUCCAUUACCGAGCAAUCUGAAAGUGGCAGUUCAAAUUACUUGAUGGUACCCAAGGAAAUUAAGAACGAUGGUAAUCUUAUUCUAGAUUCUGAACGGAAAAGGUCUAGUCAACGGCAACCGCCAUCGACAUCAUCAACUGAUACAAAAGUAGAAGACACGACCACAACAACCGACAUUUCACUCCAUAUUCCAAUUAAUUAGUCUAAUACAAAGAUAUGAUACAACUACAUAUAAGUACUAUGCAUAGUAUACUUAAGUACUUUGGUGAUAAAUAGAUAAUAUUUUUAAAUUCUCCAUGCAAUUGAAGGCAUCAUAUUUAAUAAGAGUAUUAAUGCAGUAAUAAACACAUACGA